ACUAUUGGACUUCGCCGCAGCUAAAGGGGAACUUGGCUGGCUCACGCAUCCAUAUGGCAAAGGGUGGGACCUGAUGCAGAACAUCAUGGACGACAUGCCCAUCUACAUGUACUCUGUGUGCAACGUGGUGUCCGGCGACCAGGACAACUGGCUCCGCACCAACUGGGUGUACCGCGGCGAGGCCGAGCGCAUCUUCAUUGAGCUCAAGUUCACCGUGCGUGACUGCAACAGCUUCCCCGGAGGUGCCAGCUCCUGCAAGGAGACCUUCAACCUCUACUACGCCGAGUCGGACGUGGACUACGGCACCAACUUCCAGAAGCGCCAGUUCACCAAGAUCGACACGAUCGCACCCGACGAGAUCACGGUCAGCAGCGACUUUGAGGCCCGCCACGUGAAGCUGAACGUGGAGGAGCGCUCCGUGGGCCCGCUCAGCCGCAAGGGCUUCUACCUGGCCUUCCAGGACAUUGGCGCCUGCGUGGCGCUGCUCUCCGUCCGCGUUUACUACAAGAAGUGUCCUGAGCUGCUGCAGGGCCUGGCCCGCUUCCCCGAGACCAUCGCAGGCUCCGACGCACCCUCCCUGGCCACCGUGGCUGGCACCUGCGUGGACCAUGCCGUGGUGCCCCCCGGGGGCGAAGAGCCCCGCAUGCACUGCGCCGUGGAUGGCGAGUGGCUGGUGCCCAUCGGUCAGUGCCUGUGCCAGGAGGGCUAUGAGAAGGUGGAGGACGCCUGCCAGGCCUGCUCCCCUGGAUUCUUCAAGUCCGAGGCAUCCGAGAGCCCCUGUCUGAAGUGCCCCAUGCAUACCCUGCUUUCCCCCGAGGGGGCCACCUUCUGUGAGUGUGAGGAAGGCUACUUCCGGGCACCCCAGGACCUGCUGUCGAUGCCCUGCACUCGCCCGCCCUCCGCCCCGCACUACCUCACGGCCGUGGGCAUGGGCGCCAAAGUGGAGCUGCGCUGGACGGCCCCCCAGGACAGUGGCGGCCGUGAUGACGUCACCUACAGCGUCACCUGUGAACAGUGCUGGCCCGAGUCUGGCGAGUGCGGGCCCUGUGAGGCCAGUGUGCGCUACUCCGAGCCGCCACACGCGCUGACCCGCACCAGCGUCAUCGUCAGUGACCUGGAGCCGCACAUGAACUACACCUUCGCGGUGGAGGCCCGCAACGGGGUCUCGGGCCUGGUGGCCAGCCGCAGCUUCCGCACCGCCAGCGUCAGCAUCAACCAGACAGAGCCCCCCAAGGUGAAGCUGGAGGGCCGCAGCACCACCUCCCUGAGUGUCUCCUGGAGCAUUCCGCUGCCACAGCAGAGCCGUGUGUGGAAGUAUGAGGUCACCUACCGCAAGAAGGGGGACUCCAACAGCUACAAUGUGCGCCGCACCGAGGGCUUCUCCGUGACCCUAGACGACCUGGCUCCGGAUACCGUCUACCUGGUCCAGGUGCAGGCACUGACGCAGGAAGGCCAGGGCGCCGGCAGCAAGAUUCAUGAGUUCCAGACGUUGUCCACGGAAGGAUCUGGCAACAUGGCGGUGAUUGGCGGUGUGGUUGUUGGCGUUCUCUUGCUUCUGGUGCUAGCAGGAAUCGGCGUCUUCCUCCAUCGCAGGUUUGUGGGAGCCCACGCCUGGACUGCCCAAGGGCUGAGGUGGGACACAGAGGGGGCGGGAACCUCAAUUUCCCGUCUGGAAAAUGGGGCUGAUGGCAAUAAGGACAGCGGCCCCAGCACUUACGCUGGUGGUGUAGGUGGCCUCGGGGUCAUCCUCCAGCACGCGGGACAGGCCGAAGUCGGACACCUUGCAGACCAGGUUGCUGUUGACGAGGAUGUUGCGGGCAGCCAGGUCGCGGUGGACAUAGUUCAUGUUGGCCAGGUACUUCAUGCCAGCCGCAAUGCCCCGGAGCAUGCCCACCAGCUGCAGCACGCUGAACUCGCCGUCCUUCUCCUGCCGGAGUACGGGGCUCAGCCACCGGCACCCAGGCCCAGUGGGGCACCCUGGAUCCCCCAGCCCUCAGAUACCAGCCCCCAGCGGGGCACCCCAGACCCCCAGCCUUCAGCCACCAGCCCCCAGGCCCAGCAGGGCACCCUGGACCCCCAGCCCUCAGACACCAGCCCCCAGGCACAGCAGGGCUCCCUGGACCCCCAGCCCUCAGAUACCAGCCCCCAGUCCGCCAUCUACCAGCUCAUGAUGCAGUGCUGGCAGCAGGAACGCGCCCGCCGCCCCAAGUUCGCCGACAUUGUCAGCAUCCUGGACAAGCUCAUCCGAGCUCCCGACUCCCUCAAGACCCUGGCUGACUUCGACCCCCGGGUGUCCAUCCGGCUGCCCAGCACCAGCGGCUCCGAGGGCGUGCCCUUUCGCACGGUGUCUGAGUGGCUAGAGUCUAUCAAGAUGCAACAGUACACGGAGCACUUCCUGGCGGCCGGCUAUACCGCCAUCGAGAAGGUGGUGCAGAUGACCAACGACGACAUCAAGAGGAUUGGGGUGCGGCUGCCCGGCCACCAGAAGCGCAUCGCCUACAGCCUGCUGGGACUCAAGGAGCAGGUGAACACAGUGGGCAUCCCCAUCUGAGCCCCGGCCAGCCUCAGACCCCCUUGGCCAAGAAUACUUGAAGAAAUGGAGUGGCGUCUCUGCCCGCUCUGCCCUGGGCCACCAGGGACCUUAUUUAUUUCUAGUUAUUCCAUAUGGAUGCCACCCUGAAGCCUCUGCUGGGGGGGUGGGGGUGGUCUUGGAUGACACCUUGGCCUAAACUGAGGAGACGCUCAGGGACCCGGAGCUGGGGGCUUCUUCGUCUACGAAGGACAGACUGCCAAGCACUUAGCAGGCACCGCCAUGGCCCAGCAUCCCCUGGCGCAGGAGCCCUGCAAAGAUAUUCGGACAGACACACAGGACAUUUCCAAACUGACCUCCCCUUUGCUGUCUCGGGAGGUGGAGGGGCGGAAUCAGCCGGCGGCCGCGUGAACAGGGUACCUCAAGUCCCACCCACGGACGAGAAGCGGACAGCCAGAAAACUCAGCCGGGCGAGGCCCGCGGUGGCUCCCCCGUCCGUCCGUGCCUUCCUCAGCCCCCAGGCCCUGUCCUCAGCCCCAGCGGGCCAAAUCUUGCUCCCCGGGGCCCCUCGCAGGAUGCUUGGUUGUGUUGAGGUUUUUUUUAACUAUAUAUUUUGUAUUUUGUGGAGAGUAUGCGUGUGUGGCAGGGGGCCCGGCCAGGGCUGGGGACAGACGAUGGCCUGUGUCAGACAUUCCCAGCCUGGGGGCCGGUCCGUCCGGUCUCCCUCCCCUUCAGACAGCACUCACGACUCUGUCAGUGUUAACGGUUUUGUUUUAUUGGGUAUUUUUUUUCGAAUCUUAAUUUAUUAUUAUUUUUUUAUAUUUAUUGUUAGGAAAUGACUUAUUUCUGCUCUGGAAUAAAGUUGCAGAUGGAUCAAA